AUACACAAGCUUAGUGUGUGUAAGAAAAUACCUUCAAAAGUCAUUAGUUGAAAAUUUAAAGGAUGCAUGUAUAGCUUUUGAGAGAGAUGAAGUGACAAGUGUCCUAAAUUAUGAAGUUUGAUAACUUGUGGCCUAAGGAAAACAUUGCAAAAUGAUAUUACGUGUCUGUGUUUACAGCUUUGUUUAAUACUCCUAUCAUUGACCUUAGCCAAAAGACAACUUUCUAUAUUUUUAAAAUGUUACAUCCUUCCCUGAACCAAUUUACUAUUAUAUUUAGUUGUAUAUAUCUUUUAUUGUCUGAAUGUUUCUGUUAUCCAACCCAACAUAGUUUGUUCCUACUUAGUACAAUAUUACAACUUCAAACGUUGUUGUCCGUUAACUCUUAGGAGCAUAAUUGUGAUCCCUCCUGCAUAGUGUCCAUCGACACAAGUUGUGGGUGUAGGAAAUCUAGACAUGUACAAUGUGAUAAUUAAAAUACAUAAUUUACAUAGAAGAGGAAGUUAGAUAAAUGACAAAUAAAGAACAGUAAAUAAAUAAGUACUACAUGAAAGUGUUAGGCUUCAAACAUGAAACUAAACAACUCUGAUAUAGCUAAGCUAGACAAAUGGUUCAUAUAUUCUGUUAUGCAAGGGAAACAAUUUUGCUUUUUCUUAUAGUCCCUCUUGCACAUGCUCAUCCUGUGUCUUUUCAUUACCCUAGGUUUAGCAAUAAUAGUAAAGAUCAGCCAAGGCUUGAAGGCGAUGCCACCAUUGUAGAUUCUGACUAUGUUAUUCGACUCACUCGGUACCCUGCUGACCCAGAUAAGACUUCUGGUGUUGGCCGAGUCAGAAGUCCCGAACUUAUCAAACUUUAUGACAAUAAAACAAAUCAACUGUAUGACUUUAGUACCAAGUUUUCUUUUAUUAUAUUUUCAAAUCACAGUAAGCAUGGAGAUGGUUUGGCAUUCUUCAUUGCAAGCCCAAAGCUUCCAACAACAAAUCAUAUAGGAGGUGGAGGGGGUUUUGGUCUUAUGAAUGCAACGGAAGUUGCUAUAAACUCUACUGAGUAUUCAUUUGUAGCAGUGGAGUUUGAUACUCAUCACAAUCAUUGGGACCCAACUGUCUACCAUGUGGGAGUGAAUAUUAAUUCUGUGGUGUCCGAUAAACAUAUUGAAUGGUCCGUGGAUGUUUCAGAAAGGAAAUUUUAUCAUUGUAGCAUAGAAUAUAGUUCCAGAAACAAAAAUCUGGAUGUUUCUUUCACCGGAAAGAGAUUGAAUGAAGGGCAAGAGGAGCAGAGAUUUUCACACACAAUUGAUCUAAGAGAGCAUUUAACAGAGCAUGUUAUUGUUGGCAUAUCAGCUUCAACAGGAUCUGCAGAUGAGGAACAUUUGCUGCGGUCGUGGUCUUUUAGUACUCGGCAUGAAGAUACUCCUAAGAAGAAACGGAACGUAAUCAUAACUAGAUUAUGUGAAGUAUUAGGAAGUGGCGUCCUAAUGAUAUCUUUGAGUUGCAUAAUAAUAUUCUUCAUUGCAUUGUGGAAAAAGAAUAAAGCAAAAGAAGAACCUGCUACGUCAGAAACCAUCUCUGAUCAGAACAUGGAUGAAGAAUUCCAAUUGGGUGCUGGGCCUAAGAAGUUUAGUUAUUCGGAAUUAUUGGAUGCAACAAACAACUUUGAAGAGACACUGAAGCUUGGUCAAGGUGGUUUUGGUAGUGUUUACAAGGGUUAUUUUAAAGACACAAACUCAGUCGCAGCCAUAAAGAGGAGGAUAUCACCAAUUGCUCGGCAGGGUAAAAAGCAAUACUCAGCAGAAGUGAAGAUCAUUAGCCAAUUGAGACAUAGAAAUUUGGUGAAACUCAAUGGUUGGUGCCACAAGAAGAAUGAACUUAUCCUAAUAUACGAAUACAUGCCUAAUGGCAGCUUAGAUUUUCAUCUUUUUCGUGAAGGUAGCAUCUUGUCAUGGCACUUGAGGUACAAUAUAGUUCUUGGGUUGGCUUCAGCAUUGCUUUAUUUGCAGGAAGAAUGGGAAAAAUGUGUGAUUCACAGGGACAUAAAAUCAAGCAACAUAAUGUUGGACUCCAACUUCAAUACUAAGCUUGGUGAUUUUGGGCUAGCUAGGCUGAUGGAUCAUGAGAAAGGGUCAGAAACUACAGUUGUAGCUGGAACCAGAGGUUACCUAGCUCCAGAAUACAUGGACUCAGGCAAGGCUAGAAAGGAAUCUGACAUAUUCAGUUUCGGGGUUGUUUUGUUGGAGAUAGCCUGUGGAAAAAAGGCCAUACACUACCAAGAAUUGGAGGGUGAAGUAUCAUUAGUUGAGUGGGUUUGGGAGCUAUAUGGAUUGAAAAAUAUCAUUGCAGCAGCAGAUCGUAAGCUAUAUGGGCAAUUUGAUGUGAAGGAAUUGGAAUGUUUGCUAGUAGUUGGACUUUGGUGUGCUAAUCCAGAUAGCACAUCAAGACCAUCUAUAAAGACAGUGAUUAAGGCGCUAAACUUUGAAGCUCCAUUACCAAUUCUUCCACAAAACAUGCUAUCUCUAGCAUCUCGGUCUGCCGCAACAAAUGAGCAAUUAUUAUCAGUUCCUUCUUUCAUUAGGUUCACAGGUUAGUUUGAACCUGAAAGUAAACAGAAUGUAGUCAUUGUGAUAUUGAUUAUUCAUAUCCAGUCUGGGCAUUUAGGUGCUGAAAAUUGUAGCAUUUUUCUUUUACCCAUAUAACAACUACUAUUCUGUAAGGUUCUUUUUCCUAUGACUAACUGUUCUAUAAGUUAAAUAAUCUAUAGCUCAUACUUUUAAUCCGAGUAUCAUUACAAUGUUCCUUACUAUUU